CUCUGCGGGGGACGGCAACCUUGAAAUGCGGGCUUGCCCCCCCCCACCGGCGCCCGUUCACCUCCGGCUGCCGCAGCGCCGGGGCCCCGACAGCGGCAAAGACUCUCCCGACAGCGGCAAAAGCUCUCCCGACAGCGAGGAAGAAAGAAAAAUGUCACAAAAACAUCUGAAAGAAGCCUUUAUCAGCAACUUAAAUGGAACUAGUUUGCUGGAAAUUUCAGUAGGCUUGUCUCUAGCUCCACUCUGCCUGCUUUGCAGAGGACUCCUCUUGAUUUUAUAUUACCUGCGCUAUGGGAAACCUUUAAGUUCGAGGAAAUACAGCCUGCUGCUAGACUUCCUUGUGCUCGUAUCUCCCCUCCUGUUCUCCUGUACAGUCUUGUCUCCAGUCAUCUUUUUCGUGCCACCUGUCAUUGCAGCCUUCUGUGCCGGAAUAUUUUCUAUAAUAUACAGCCAAAGAAAACAGGAGACCAGAGUCCCUUUUAGGCAAAUUGUAAAAGACUUCCAGAAGACGUACUUGGAUCCAGAAUACAUUCCAGCAAUAACGGUGUUUCGUGUUUAUGUCAAUGUGUUGACAUCAAUCAGCAUUUUAGCAGUGGAUUUCCCACAGUAUCCAAGGCGAUACGCCAAAGCUGAGACCUACGGAACAGGAGUUAUGGAUUUGGGGGUUGGUGCUUUUAUUUUUGGUAAUGCUGUCGUCUGUCCUGAAGUUAGACAAAGGUCUUACAUGACACAACCAAAAUUUUCCCAUCUGGCCAGACAGUUCUUUUCCGUUUGGCCAUUGAUUGUUCUUGGCAUUGGACGACUGCUUAGUGUUAAAUCUAUAGAGUAUCAUGAACAUACUUCAGAGUACGGAGUGCACUGGAAUUUUUUCUUUACCUUAGCAUUUGUGAGGCUUGCAGCAUCUCUACUUUUAGCCAUAUUUCCAAAAAAUAAUUCUUGGAUUGUUGCUAUAAAUCUUGCUGUACUUUAUCAGCUUAUUCUUAACACUACCUCUCUGAAGACAUUUAUCUUGCAUGGGAGUGACGGCAGAGAUACCAGGGUUGGCGUUUUAAAUGCCAACAGGGAAGGACUGCUCUCUCUUUUUGGAUAUCUAGCCAUAUAUAUGGCGAGCGUCCAAGUGGGACUCUGGCUGCUGAAGUGCAGAAACUCAGUCAAAGGCUGGAUUGAAGCAGUGUGUUUCUUACUGCUGACAGUUCUCGUGCUUUUUGUAUUUCUUCAUGUGUUGCAAGCAUAUGCGGACCCUGUGUCCCGCCGGAUGGCUAAUCUAUCCUACUGCAUAUGGGUGGUUGCUCACUGUCUGACUUUCUUUAUCUGUUUUGUAGUGAGUGAUCUCACGUUGGUGUUCACAAAGCUUCUUGUGAAGGGGUCCAGCGUGCCCUGUUGCUGGAACAUUGUAAAGCCCCCUAAUGCCAGUAAAAAGCAUGAAAUGGAGGCCAUGCCUAUGCGAAGGGAAGGCAAGCUGUCACACAUUUGCCUGAUUAGUGCUAUUAACAAAAAUCAAUUACUUUUUUUCUUGCUAGCAAAUGUUAUGACUGGUAUUGUGAAUAUACUGAUAGAUACAAUCCACAGCAAGACUGCGUUUACGUUAUGUAUACUACACUUGUAUAUGUUUUUUAACUGUUUAAUUAUGCAUAUAUUGCAUGCCAAAAAUAUAGUAUUAAAGUUUUGGUGAUUCCACUCUGUCUUAAGUGGACUAGUUGAAUUUUGUUUGCUGUAGCUGAAUG